AUGAAGCAAGUUUAUAUACUAAAGGACAAGUCUCAGAGGAAACGUUCAGCACUGCUAAUCACCAACAUACAAUUCAAGUACUUAAGUUACAGGGACGGAGCAUUGAGAGACGAGGAGAACAUGGAGUGGCUGCUGACAGCUUUGGGUUGCAGAGUUGAGAAACACAGAAAUCUCUCUGGAGAACAAAUAGCUGCUGCAGUCAGGAACUUCGCUACACUUUCCCAACAUCGAGACUCGGACAGCACCUUUGUGGUUCUGAUGUCUCAUGGGGACAGAAUUCAAAAUAAAGAUGCCAUUUUAGGUGUCAGUUAUCAUAAAGAUAUAAACCCUCUUGAUGUCUUCUUUGUUGAUGACAUCUUCACCCAUCUGAACUCAGAGAAUUGUCCUGCUCUGAUUGAUAAACCAAAGGUUAUUCUGAUCCAAGCCUGCAGAGGAGGUGCGACAUGACUGAUACAAUUUUACUCCUCCAAUCAUGUUGCUGUUUUUCUUUGUACUCUGUAUUUAUCUUUUUCCUGGAUUUAUUGUAAUAUUGUAAACCAUUUCUCUAUCCAG